UUUUGAAAGCAACGUUUUUUUUUUUGAAUUUCACCUUUAUUUAACCAGAUAGGCCGGUUGAGAACAAGUUCUCAUUUACAACUGCGACCUGGCCAAGAUAAAGCAAAGCAGUGUGACACGAACAACAACACAGAGUUACACAUGGAAUAAACAAAUUUACAGUCAAUAACACAAUAUACAGUGUGUGCAAAUGGCGUGAGGAGGUAAGGCAAUAAAUAGGCCAUAGUAGCAAGUAAUUACAAUUCAGCUAAUUAACACUGGAGUGAUAGAUGUGCAGAUGAUGAUGUGCAAGUAGAAAUACUGGUGUGCAAAAGAGCAGAAAAGUAAAUAAAAACAUAGUGGAUCCAGGCAAUGAGGCAGUGAUCGCUGAGAUCCUGAUUAAAAACAGCAAAGGUGUAUUUGGAGGGCAAUUUGGUCAGGAAAAUAUCUAUGAGGGUGCCCAUGUUUACAGAUUUUGGGUUGUACCUGGUGGGUUCCUUGAUCAUUUGUGUGAGAUUGAGGGUGUCUAGCUUAGAUUGUAGGUAUGCCGGGGUGUUAAGCAUAUCCCAGUUUAGGUCACCUAACAGAACGAACUCUGAAGAUAGAUGAGGGGCAAUCAAUUCACAUAUGGUGUCCAGGGCCCAGCUGGGAGCUGAGGGGGGUCUAUAACAGGCAGCAACAGUGAGAGACUUAGGCUGGGUGGAUGGUAGGUGCAUUGGGUUGAUUUGGGUUCAGCAGCAGCGUUGGAUUUGUAGAGCUAUUUUCAAGAGGUAAAUCCAUGUGCAUAUGUCACUUACCGUAUUGUGUUUGUCUUCCUGGUGAAGGGGACCCUCAAACAGCUCAGCAAAGCUCUCAAUGUCUCGCCGACCAACUCGAGGGGGCUUCCCUUUACCCUGCAGGACCAGGCCGUGACAAUGAGGAGACAGAGGGACUUUUCCUGGUGGAUUUCACCCAGAAGAUUAUUGACAAGAAGAGAGAGAAUCAUGCUGACCAAGACUUUCAGGGAAAAGGAUGUGACCCGGCUGAAAAGGACCACUAAGAGGACAUGCGUAGAGAGCUGCAGAGGCAAGUCUGGGAGAGGGAGGAGGCCAUGAACAGUCCUGUGGGACGAAUCCACUACGAGGACAUCAGGGAGCAACAGGACCAUGAGCUGGAUGUGGGCUACUUUACAUUUUCUCAGGACCAGGAGCAGCGCAGGAAGCAUACUCUGGACAUGCUCAGACACCAGACGACAGACCAGCGCAGUAAGAGGGAGCAGUUGAAGGAGAACAGGAAGGCUCUGCUGAACGCUCAGUUGGCCAAGGUGAGGCAAAGGAAGAUGAAGACUAAGCUGGACGGAACACAGGACGACCAGGGAGCUGGACCCAAACAAGAAGAGGAUGAAGCCCAUGAGGAGGCCCCUGCAGUGAAGAAGUUGGAGGUAGAGAUCCAAGAGAGAAGAGACACCAAGUCAGGAGUACCCCACGUCAGGGAGUGGGACAGGGGCAAAGUGGACUUUUUUGGCAAGUGGACGAGUCGGGGGCAGGAUGAUAGGGAGUCAGAGUUCACUCCUCCUUCUGUGUACUUCGGCGACGAUAAGAGACAGGGCUACGGGAAAUGGGCCAAACGGGAGCAGGACAAACCCAAAAUGGCCUUCAUGUGGUCAGAGGGGCAUGGUGGAGGGCAUACCCACCCCAGGCCAAGCCCAAAAGUAGUUAUUUACCCCAGCCCCAGUCAAGUACCCCUGUACCCUCUCAACCCACAAUGCUAUUCAUUGACUACAGCUCAGAGUUCAACACCAUAGUACCCUCAAAACUCAUCACUAAGUUAAGGAUCCUGGGACGAAAUACCUACCUCUGCAACUGGAUCCUGGACUUCCUGACGGGCCGCCCCCAGGUGGUGAGUGUAGGUAGUAACACAUCUGCCACGCUGAUCCUCAACUCUAGCUCCACAGGGGUGCGUGCUCAGUCCCCUCCUGUACUCCCUGUUCACCCACGACUGCAUGGCCAGGCACGACUCAAACACCAUCAUUAAGUUUGCAGACGACACAUCAGUGGUAGGCCUGAUCAAAGACAACGACGAGACAGCGUAUAGGAAGGAGGUCAGAGACCUGGCCGUGUGGUGCCAGAAUAACAACCUAUCCCUCAACGUAGCAAAGACUAAGGAGAUGAUUGUGGACUACAGGAAAAGGAGGACCGAACACACCCCCAUUUUCAUCCAUGGGGCUGUAGCGGAGCAGGUUGAGAGCUUCAAGUUCCUCGGUGUCCACAUCAACAACAAACUAGAAUGGUCCAAACAUACUAAGACAGUAGUGAAGAGGGCACGACAAAGCCUAUUCCCCCUCAGGAAACUAAAAGGAUUUGGUAUGGGUCCUGAGAUCCUGAAAAGGUUCUACAGCUGCAACAUCGAGAGCAAUUGCCGUACCAGGCAUCACUGCCUGGUACGGCAAUUGCUCGGCCUCUGGCCACAAAGGAACUACAGAGGGUAGUGCGAAUGGCCCAGUACAUCACUGGGGCUAAGCUGCCAUCCAGGACCUCUACACCAGGCAGUGUCAGAGGAAGGCUCUAAAAAUGGUCAAAGACCCCAGCCACCCCAGUCAUAGACUGUUCUCUCUACUACCUCAUGGCAAGCGGUACCGGAGUGCCAAGUCUCGGACAAAAAGGCUUCUCGACAGUUUUUUUCCCCCAAGCCAUAAGACUCCUGAACAUGUAAUCAAAUGGCUACCCUGACUAUUUGCAUUGUGUGCCCCCCCCCCCCAACCCUCUUUUUACACUACUGCUACUCUGUUUAUCAUAUAUGCAUAGUCACUUUAACUAUACAUUCAUGUACAUACUACCUCAAUUGGGUCAACCAACCAGUGGUCCCACACAUUGGCUAACCGUGCUAUCUGCAUUGUGUCCCGCCACCUGCCAACCCCUCUUUUACGCUACUGCUACUCUCUGUUCAUCAUAUUUGCAUAGUCACUUUAACCAUAUCUACAUGGUACCUCAAUCAGCCUGACUAACUGGUGUCUGUAUGUAGCCUCGCUACUGUAUAUAGCCUGUUGUUUUACUGUUGUUUUAUUUCUUUACUUACCUGUUGUGUACCCAACACCUUUUUUGCACUAUUGGUUCGAGCCUGUAAGUAUGUUGUAUUCGGCGCACGUGACAAAUAAACUUUGAUUUGA